CAACGCUUCGCAGCAGAUAGAAUCAGCUAACAAAUUUUAACUAAAAGUGAACUAAUAACUGCUACAGUGGGUGAAUUCGGUAGCUAAAGUGUUAAAAAGAAGCUGUUUGUAUAGUUAAAGUGGAUAUAUUUCUUACCAAGUUUAGAAGGAUGCAUCUCAUAAAGAACAAAGCAGUGUACUUCACGCUCAUGCUCGUCGUCUUGAGCAUGUGUUUGGAUGAAACGGAGGCACGCCGAAAGAUUCUCCGUGGACGCCGUACUAUCAAUCGAACGUUCAAACGUGGUCCGAUGAUUCCAGCGUGGGCCAUCAUUACGAUAGUCGCGAUUGUGAAUCUACUCAUCGGCGGUAUAGCUUAUCUUGUGUUCCGCAAGAUCGUUCUCAAUGCACCGAUUGAGAACGUUACCUCGUACACACCGGCCAUGCAGGAUGAGUACAGUUCCUGAGCGAUGUAGUGCUGUACUGUAAGGCAACAACAAAAACCACAACAACCUUUCCGUAAUACCAUCCCACCUCACCAUGGCGCCUUGCUUCCGUGUACAAAUGGCAACUGCAAUACUGAAUCCUUCCGGUAGAUUUUAAGCGUACCCAGCGUUGUCAUUAACCGGUGUAACCAGGAUCCGGCAAAUCAAUAAAC